CUUGCUACAACCUACCCUACCUGCCUACCUUCUACUUGCUAUCUCCCUGCUCCUCAACCUCCCUCUCUUCUCGUCAUCUUGCCCAACUCCAACACCUUACAACCUUUGUUGAUCACCGCUCUUUCUCUUUCGCAUCAACCCCAACUCCAUCUUUUCAACCACCACCCUUUCUUCUAUCUCACAUUUGCGCAUCACCUUUGGCUUUCACUCUUUACCAAUUGUGCGCGCCGCGAUACUCCCGGCCGUUACAGGCCAACCUCGCCCCACAUGAGUGGCAGCGCUGCCACUCAGCCUUCAUCUGGCGCCGCCACCCAAGGCCUUGCUCCUGCCCUCAAUCCACCUGCCGACUUGUCCUCCUCAACUCUCCAGAACAAUGACACAAUGACAGAGGUGCCUACUAAACAGUCCUCACUCGUUAAGAUCCCUUCCCGCACAUCAUCAAACACAAAGCCCACCGACCCAACGACUUCCAAUUCCACUCCAGUUCCGGCUGUCCCAGACGAGCCUCCCUCUACCCCCAGGCGUGGCUCUAAGCGAAGUCUCCUGAGUCGAAGUCGCAACAAUAGCAGGAGCAGUCGGAAAUCAGCCAGAGCCACUCGAGCUGUUGAUCCUUCCAAGACAGCUGCCCCUCCUAUUUCACAACCAGAAUCCUCAAGACCCGAAAAGAAAUCGCGUGGCGGCUUUCUUGCAUUCUUGAAUUGCUGCAGUCCUUCUGACGACCUCGUUCAGACCAAGUCGGAUGAGCCUGACGUUGCCGCGAAGAAGAUUAAUAUCCAGACCACCACACAAAGGUCGGCCGGCCGACCCCAAGACCCAACCUCAAUUCCAGAGACCGAGAAAACCCUCCAAGGAGAAGCAAGUCUGGACGAGAAGACUACAACUCUGGGUGACGAAGAUCAGCCCGAGCUAUCCGAGAAGAAUCGGUUGGACGAUGGACGACCGAGAAUAUCGAGGGAAGAUGCCCAGCGGGACCGCGUUGCUCCUGUCACAUCCACAACGAAUCCCACCCUAGCUGCGACGGCCUCCAAACCAAUCGACCAGGCCAGUUCUUCUGACCAGCAUGAUCAGUCCAAGUCGACAUCCGCUGCGGUUCCCAACGUCAAGAUCGUUGGCGCUGCAGCAGCUCAGUCCAAUAAUUCUGACCAAUCCGAAAGCCACGAUGAUGGGAGGAGGAGAAACAGCGAUGUCGAGAUGCCAGACGCCCCGCCUGAUACGUCGACAAUCGACGACGAGCCAUUAGAUGAGCCGGCUCAGCCAGCCGAAUUACAACCUCGAGUAGCCCUGCCGCCGCCUCCACCGCUCGCCCAGCGACAGGAACAAGUCGGGACCAACGAAGCGCCCCCCGUCCCAGAGCCUCCCCCAGAGAAGACUACAUGGCUACUUCCUCCGAUCCAACCUCGAUUCAAAGGCCGCAAGUGCUUAGUUUUGGAUCUCGAUGAAACGCUGGUACACAGCAGCUUCAAGAUCCUCAACCAGGCAGACUUCACCAUUCCAGUCGAAAUUGAAGGUCAAUACCACAACGUCUAUGUCAUCAAGCGACCGGGAGUCGAUGCAUUCAUGAAGAGAGUGGGCGAAUUGUACGAGGUGGUUGUUUUCACAGCUUCUGUCUCGAAAUACGGCGACCCUUUGUUAGACCAACUUGACAUUCACCAUGUUGUGCACCAUCGACUAUUCAGAGAAAGCUGUUACAAUCACCAGGGCAACUAUGUCAAGGAUUUGUCCCAGGUUGGGAGGGAUCUCAAAGAGACCAUCAUCAUCGACAACUCACCAACAUCAUAUAUCUUCCAUCCACAACACGCUGUACCGAUCAGCUCCUGGUUCUCUGACGCCCACGAUAACGAGCUCCUGGACCUUAUACCAGUGCUAGAAGAUCUCGCGGGUCCCAAGGUGCAGGACGUCAGCCUGGUGUUGGAUGUUGCCCUAUGAGAGGCUGUCCUUAAUCGCUUCCAAGGACGACAUUCUUGUUUCUUGCCAGGGUUGUUUGUUUCUUCCGUUGAUCAACAGUCCCUGGGCAUUCAUUGUGUGGGGCUGCAGCGGAAAGAGACGACAAUGCUGAACCUUUUGACAGUAUUGUCAUCGCAGAAGGCAGUGGAUCUUUGGUCCAAUACUACCUCACGAAGAAAAAGUUGUCUUCGCCGUGCCUAAGGCACCGGAAUCAAAAUCAAUUCAAUCGCCCCGUGAACGAGGUCGCCAUUAGCGACAUUCUAUCCGUCGGUCCAAAAUCUUGACUCCAGAUGAGACUUUGGUGGUCCAUGGAGCCGGCAUGGGGAUUGUUUCUUUUGUUUUUUAAUUGCAUAUGGCGGGAGUGUGGACCGGGAAAGCGAACCGAAGCUCGAAACAGAGUGGAAGCUGGAAGCAUCCAAGCCUUGGACUCCAAGAAACAAGCAAGCGUUCUCCUUUUUUGAUUAUGAGGCAUUGGGGGUGUACAGUCAUGUUGCUGGAAGUGGGUGAGCGGAAGUGGGUGAGCAGAAGAGCGUCAACCACAAUAGUACAGCGGUCACUUGAAGGGGCGAGGACUGAGGGUAUUACAGGAGCCUCACACCCGUGGCGCGACAUUUAUUUGGACCCAUUUUGCCCGCCUGCCAGGCAGACACAUUAUUUGAUAUCAACAUGUCGGUAUGCUCUAAACUGGAAGAAGAUGAAGCUGAAGCAUUGGUGCGUAAAUGCGAGGCAGAGGAUAAGAUAGCGAAAACGAGGCACCGGCCUUGAUCAUUCUACAGAUUAUAUAUCAUCUACACCCGGGGAUUUUGGUGUUCA